AUGACGGCUACCACUUCCUUCACAUCCACGAGAACAGAUUCCAUGUUCUCACAAAAUGGAGACAGGACAAGAACUGCAAACACGUCGUUUGCCACCACCAUCCCGUCUCAACCCCAAAAAGCUCAGGAGGAAUUUCACAGCCCAGGAACGUAUGGUACAUUGGGCUCCGACGAGUGGAACACCGCUUUUGACGAUGUGGGAGAGGGGGCGAGCGGGGCGGCGGCGGAGGAGGAGGAGUCUCGUUUUCGUCCGAAUAUUCCUCUUGAAGAACUUAUUCGGAUGUCUACCGUUGAUUUAUCGCAGGGCCCUAUCCGUCCCGGCGGAGAUAUGGAGCACCAUCAAGUGAAGGCUCUGCCAAGAGGAGGCUUAUUCGUUCCUGAAGUUAGCGAGAGGCUAUUGGCCAAAGACUUCAAGUACCGGUGGGAAUUUUUACGCGUCGCCCUCGACGCAGGGAUUGACGAUCCUGACCAGCUUCUCCCACGGGGGUAUAACGAGGAAUGGGGCGAAUACUCUUGUUUGUGGGACUACUUUCGGCACCACGAUGCACUCAGUGAUGUUUUCGACGAUCUCAAGCGAGGCUCCGAAAAGGCGUGGGCUGCUGCUGAACUAAAGGUUGAGAAUAAUACCCUCAAAGCCUUCGAGAACAUCACUCUCAAGGCAACGCUCUCUUUCACAAGUACGAGAGAAGGCCCAAUCUUCAAGACCAGACUUAAACCGCUCCAGCUUGAAGCAGCAUCAUGCCGCUUUCAGCGAGCCUUUGGUGGCGACCGUUUCCUCUAUCUUGAAACGCCGGUAUUUCGAGGUGACCAGGUGCCAGCCCAUCUAAAGGGUCAGAUUCCGGCUAUCAAAGAGAGAUUUGAAGAAUGGCUCGGCCGUACGUGUGGGACUUUUCUGGGCAGAGUGUGGCAACCGAUCCAUGUGGAGCCGAUCAAAGCAACGAAAAAAACCAUGUUUCGUCAGCAGGAGCAACUACGUGGAUAUCGAGUCAUUCUCUUCGCUACCCAUGGACGUGAUAUUGAUCCGACGAAAAAGAGGAAGAUCAGGUCCGGUACGCGUUAUAGGAUGUCUGUCUACGACCUAGUCAACUGGUUCAUGCCUCUGGAUCUGAACUGCGAUCAACCGUACCUCAAGGUUUUCUCGAGGAUAAGUCUUGGUCUGACGACAACCCUCUCAACCUUGACAUUUACCCCAAAGCAAGUCAGACACGUGGCCGAUAUCAAGGCGAAUAAUGAGCACGAAGACCGCCAGUUCGAUGAUAACUCCCUUGAUUGGCCCAGAGAUGAGAAAACGAAUCGUGUCAUGAACGAUGGCUGCUCUCGUAUCUCUGUUGGAGCUGCACGUUUAAUCUGGGAAGGGGUAGAAGGGCCCAUUCCAAGUACUUUUCAGGGACGUAUUGGCGGCGCUAAAGGCAUGUGGAUGCUUAGCACAUGUCUUGACACUGCUGAUCCGUACCACUCCUCAAUAUGGAUUGAAGUGUCUGACAGCCAGAGAAAGUUCAAGCCGCAUGAGGACGACAUCGAGAGUGACUUCGACCCAUGCAGAUUUACCUUCGACUUGCACUCUACCACGGGUACGGCAGUGCCUUCAAGUGUCUAUCUGUCGUUCUUCCCUAUUUUGCAAGACCGCGGUGUCCCUGCCAGCUCGUUAAAGAACCUUUUCAAGGGCCACAUUGACAAGGAACGCGAGAAGUUGCUAAAUGCGAUCAAGAACCCGGUUCACCUCAGAAAAUGGGUCAACGAACAAAACAGUCUAGCAGAGGAACGCAACCGACAAGAUGACGAGAUGACCUGGCAAGGCGGGAUGCCUUUGCAGUUGCAAGAGAAGGUCGCUCUACUUCUCGAAUCUGGCUUCGACACUUCAUGCGCUUACCUAACCGAUGUCACCCAGCGGCUUGUGGCCAAGAGCCUUCGUCUCAUGCGACAAGAUGUCCGUGUGCCGCUUCCUCGUUGCACUUAUAUCAAGGGAGUGGCGGAUCCUUACGGCAUUCUCGCUCCUGGUGAGGUCCAUAUUCAGUUCACCAAAAGUUUCGUGGACGAGGUAUCUCGUGAAUGCUUAAACUUUCUGGACAACCGCAAUGUCCUGGUGGCUCGUAAUCCAGCCUUAAGACGGUCAGACAUCCAGAAAGUACGAGCUACUUUUAAGAUCGAGCUCGCUCAUCUCAAAGACGUCGCCGUCUUCCCAACGAGAGGUAGCUUUCCUCUCGCCGGAAAGCUACAAGGCGGUGACUACGACGGCGACACCUUCUGGGUAACCUGGGAACCGGACCUCGUCCAGCCGUUCAAGAACGCGCCGCCGCCGCUGGAAGAUCCCGUCCCUGAGAAGUACUGUGUUAAGGUGGACAGGAGGAAGCUAGGGGAAAUGCUGGACGAGCGACGAUCGGUCGGGAAGUUCCUCCGCGAAAGCUUCAAGUUCCGCUGCAAGCCCAAUCUUCUCGGUCAAGCCACCAAGCUGCACGAGAAGGUCUGGUACCACGAAAAGAGCCUCACUUCGGCGAAGGCGGAAGCCCUGGUCGACCUCCACGACCUGCUCGUCGACUACUCGAAGAACGGCUACGAAUUCGACGACGACGACUUCAAGAAGUUCAAGGCAACCUUCAAAAUCCCGACGAAGAUAGAGAAGCCGAAAUACGAAGAAGCGAGGCAGGCCGACCGCGAAGAAAAAAAGGUAUCGACCAAGAGGGCCCUGGCGCGGAGCAACAGCGCCAGGAAACACGGCUCGUACAACAAAGACAACAUCCUCGACCAGCUCUACUUCGAAACCCUCCAGCCCCACACCUUCGAGACUCUCCAAAUCCUCGAAGACCACUUCCGUGCCACCAGCACCACCGACGACCCAACCCUCGAAGCCCCGUUCCUAGCCGAACAGGAAGAAGCAAAGGACGACCCCGUCAUCGCUGAAGAGCUCGCAGCCCUCACAACCGAAAUCUCUCAGAUCUGGGACGACUGGAUCGGCGAGCUGCACCGCAAGAAAUCCGCCUCCUUCUCCGGCGGCCUCGGCGCCAGUUUCGGCGGCGGCAACGGCGCCAGCGGCGAUUUCGACGACGCCAUGAACGACCCGGACCGCUACAACGCCGCCGUCGAACGCUGCUUCCCCCGCUUCCAUGAGUGGACUCCGCAGUUCGCGGCGCAGAGCCCCGUCAUCCGCCGCUGGACGAAACAGGAUCCGCCGGGCGCCCUGUCGCACUGGCAGAUGCUCAAGGCGUCGGCGCUGUUCCACAUCCGCGCUAAGAAGCUGAGGGAGAAGAAGAGGAGGAUGGGUGAGGAUGGUAGUAGUGCGUUUGUGUUCCACAUGGCCGGCGCGGAGCUCUGCUGGAUCAAAGCGCAUAGCUGCGGUGCGCGCCCGAUGACGCUGAAGAUGUGGCAGAAUAUGAAGCCGAAGAAGAUCAAGCCGGCGGGGCUGAGGGACGGUGCGGGGAGGCGUGGUGGGGGCGCGGCGGAGAGGAAGAAGGGGAGGGAUGGGGAGAGGAGGUUUGGGACGGGCAGGAUGGUGGAUGAUGGUGAUGGGAGGGAUGGCGAUGAGACGGAGUAUGCCAGUGCGGCGGAGGAGAUUGGCGAGGAGGACGAUGAGUGA